UGUGUCGGUCCACGCGUCCCACGGAGGUGAGCAGAUCUCAGCUGCCCGGUUCUCAAGUGACGUGAGGGGGAUGAGUGUGGGGGGUGCGUCCUACACUGAAUCCCCUGCAGAUCAACCAUGUGCUCCGAGAGGAGACGCUCUUCUCAUCUCCAUUCGACUGGCGCACAUGAACAGUGACUAAUUGGCUCAUUCCUCAUCUGUCAUCUGCCUCGGGGGGGGUGUCCCACAGCUCGCUCGCAUCCAUCCCCGCAACAAUGGAAGCUCAUCCUGGUGUAUCAUGGGACUCCAUCAAGGCAGUGACAGGUACAACAUGCGAGGACUGAGAGGCAGCCAUGGAGACUGACAGCUACACUUCCAACCCGGGAAGUCUAGGGGGAGUGGGAGUCGGCGAGGCGGGCGCCGGCGAGGUUUGGCCCGGCGACCCGACAUCAUGGUACACACCGUACUCGCUGGGUUUCCAGGUGUCCCUCACCGCCUUUCUAAUGCUGGAGCUGGUAUUGGGUUUCAGCAGCAACAUCACGGUUCUGGUUCUCUACUGCUCCCAGUCCAAUUUAGUGGACUCGGUCAGCAAUAUGGUGACCGUGAGUCUGCACGUCCUGGACGUGGCGGUGUGCGUGCUGUGUUUGCCUCUCACGCUGGCGGUGGUGUUGCUACCUCCCGGCCCCAAUCUGGCUCUGAUGUGCUGCUUCCACGAAGCCUGUGUCACCUUCGCUAGCAUCGCUACCGCCGUCAAUAUCCUUGUAAUCAGCCUGGACCGAUACGAUAUCUCGGUGCGGCCGGCUAAUAGGCUGCUGACGACACGCCGAGCGGCGCUGCUACUUGCGGCGGUGUGGCUCACAUCACUUGCCGUUUUUUUUAUCCCGUUCCUGGAGGAACAGUUGUUUCGGGGUGAAGGAACUGAGAAGAAAGGCCUGGAGACACCAUCGCCAACAUGGCGUAACCGGACGCUGUUGUGCAUCGGCGGGCAAGGCGGUCGCUUGACAUUGGGAACAUAUUACCACCUCAUCCUUCAGGUGCCCAUAUUCUUCACCACUGUGACGGUGAUGUUGUUCACGUACUCCAGAAUCCUGAGGGCUCUAAACAUCCGCAUCGGAACCCACAUCAAGAAGAGCCAGAGGUUUAUGGGUCCAUCUUGUACGGGCCUCCACAAGAAACCGAUAAAAAGGAAGACCAAGCUGAAACUCAUGAAUAGUCCAGCGCCAGAAGAGGAGCAGUGCACCGCGGAUGGAACUAAACAACACAGCCACCCUCCGCUCAUUGCUUCCUCUUCACCCACUCCCACAGCGACCUCCCCACCAGCAAUCUCUUCUACCGCCCCGCUGGUUACACCCGACGCAGGUGCCGCCACCCCAAUGCCGGCCACUAUGGGUGUCCAGGCGUCCGUAUCGGCUAUAAUCGCUCUUCGUCGAGCAGUGCGGCGUCAUCGGGAUCGGCGAGAACGUCAGCGGCGCGUGUUCAGAAUGUCCCUCAUCAUCAUCAGCACCUUUCUCGGAUGCUGGGCUCCUCUCUCUGUCGUCAAUAUGCUCAUCCUGGCCAUCGGUCCCAGUGACGCCCUGGUCAGUCUCCGCCUCUGGUUCUUAGCGUUGGCUUACGGGACCACGGUGUCUCACCCUCUGCUCUAUGCCUUCACACGACAGAAGUUGAGGCGUGCCCUUCGUGCUAAGGUUAAAAAGAGAGUGGUGUCCUUGCUGCAGGUGGACCCUUCGCCGGGGGGCACCGUUAUACAUAAUUCUUGGGUUGAAAACAGGAAAACCAGUCGUCAGGUGCGGCUCGAAGCGAGCGAGGGUUCUGACCGCUGCCUGGCUGAGGCCCUGUGAGACGUAUUUGCACACACGCGUUAGCCUGUUAUAAUUCAAAAACAAGAGGAUAGUCACAGAUGUGUUCCGUCACCACGAGAGUGUGAAGGUACGAUAAGGAACGAGAAGAAACAGAUGUGCACCUCUGGGAAAGGAUUGCAAGGAAGCGGAGAAAGCGAGCGAGCGAUGCAACUGAACACAAUCACACAUAAGCAACUUUCACAUUUUGAAUAUGAUAAUAUUUCCCCUGGCACGGUGGUCUAGUGGUUAGCGCGCAGACCUCACAGCUAUGAGACCAGAGUUCAAUUCCACCCUCGGCCAUCUCUGUGUGGAGUUUGCAUGUUCUCCCUGUGCUUGCAUGGGUUUUCUCCGGGUACUCCGGUUUCCUCCCACAUUCCAAAAACAUGCUAGGUUAAUUAGCGACUCCAAAUUGUCCAUAGGUAUGAAUGUGAGUGUGAAUGGUUGUUUGUCUAUAUGUGCCCUGUGAUUGGCUGGCGACCAGUCCAGGGUGUACCCCGCUUCUCGCCCGAAGACAGCUGGGAUAGGCUCCAGCACCCCCCGCGACCCUCGUGAGGAUAAGCGGUAGAAAAUGAAUGAAUGAAUGAAUUUUCUGAUUGGGGCUGCACGGCGGAUGAGCGGUUAGCGUGCAGACCUCAUAGCCAGGAGACCCAAGUUCGAUUACACCCUUGGCCAUCUCUGUGUGGAGUUUGCAUGUUCUCCCCGUGCAUGCGUGGGUUUUCUCCGGGUACUCCGGUUUCCUCCCACAUUCCAAAAACAUGCUAGGUUAAUUAUCGACUCCAAAUUGCCGUAUGAAAACCAAGAUUUGACUUUGCGGUUCGGAUUUCAUGGUGUCACUCUGUCACUGUUUUUUUUUUUUUUUUAAUAAAUCCGACCUAUUAUUAGUCAAUAAAUGUGCAUAUUUAAGCAAAUUUGAUUGGCCUAAAUUAAGCAUUUCAAGCAUAAAAAUAGCUAACUUAAGGGAAAUGCUAAUAUAAGGCAUUCAGAAAACACAUUCAAAGAUGUGAUCAUGUGGUCAUUAGGUAUCAGUAAUGUUAAAUAUGUGCCCUGUGAUUGGCUGGCGACCAGUCCAGGGUGUACCCCGCCUCUCGCCUGAAGACAGCUGGGAUAGGCUCCAGCACCCACCGCGACCCUCGUGAGGAAAAAGCGGUAGAAAAUGAAUGAAUGAAUAUUUCCCCUGUCUAACACAUGUUUACAUAUGGAGCUAUACGACGGAACGACGCUUACAUAACGGCUCCGAGGAAUGUGCGUCGCCAACCGGUGAUCACAUUCGCCACCCACUCGGAAGCAAUCCAAGACAGCUUUAAAAAGAAUGUUGACGCAUCUAAAUAUUUCAAGUCUAUUUGAUACGACCUCUGCCUUAAUUAUGCGCUCAGCCGUGUUGUUUUGUGUCACGAACACAACGGGACUCGUUUUGGAUAUUCACUUGCAAAGUGUGCGUGCACACACAGUGUGUACCACAUUAAAUAUGGUGCUGUGCUUUAAUUAUGUCAGAGUGUAGGAGGCUUAUAUUCAUAGAAGGGGGGAGGCAGAGGAUAAUUAUAAACACCGAGUGUGAAAUACUCCGAUGCAUUUAGCCAAUAAUAAGUUGUUAUUGUUUGGUCAGAUGUUACAGUGUUAUUACCCAAAUGUGCAAAUGUUCUUUCUUCUCCGUGAAUGCAAACUUUUUGUAUCAAAUGAUUAUUUGAUGUUGUGAUGUUGACCUUGAGGAAUGAAAAUUCUGACGUACUAUUGAUGAGGAGUUUAUACUUGCAGCUGAUUUGAAGCUAGGUGGUUAGCAUAUGAGCACAAAAAUAUGAAUUGGGCAAAUGUUUGGUAUUGAUCCAGUAAUUAAAUACAGUAGAGCUCCGCUAUUAUACGAGUGGCGAGUAAUAAAAAUGACUUGCUGUACAUAUCGUACUCCUGCACUACAAAAGAAGGCCUCACUCACUCACGGUGCAACAAAAAAUAACACAAGUAAUAUUUUGCGGGUUUAUAAAUAAAUAUUUAUCCACUUAUAGUCCAUGAGGUACACAUACAAUAUGUGUUCUACAUGUGCUAUAAUUUUUUGGUUGCACCGUGAGUGAGCUCCUGUUGAUUUGAAAGCGGAUUGAAUUUUUUUUUAAACAAAUCACAAAUAUACAGGUAUAAUACUACUUGGGCAUUUUUCAACAUAAUCGAAUGGUUGUGAUUUUUGCCCUUAAUAUUUUUUUUAUCAGAAUAAAAGACAGGACCAAGAUUUUACGCAAAGAAAAAUACCGUAUUUUUCGGACUAUAAGUCACACUUUUUUCAUAGGUUAGCUGUUCCUGCGACUUAUACUCCAGAGCGGCGUAUAAAUGAAAAAACUGUUUAUGUUACAUAAACACUGGACACCUUUUCUGUUUAUGUUUAUUUUUUGUGUAGCUGAAUAAGCAUUGUGUUAGCAUAGCUUACACCUAUUCAGCCUGUUCUCUAUUCUUUUAUUGUUAGAACUUGCCUUCCAAGAGGACGUAAUGUCGGUUUUAGUCAAGUAGUUUAAAAUAAAUUACCCGCAAAAAAAUGCGACUUAUACUCCAGUGCGACUUAUGUAUGUUUUUCUCUCCGUAAUUAUGCAUUUUUGGCCUUGUGUGACUUAUACUCCGAUGCGACUUAUAGUCCAGAAAAUACGGUACUGUAUCUGUAUCUAAAAUAUAAGCUAAUGUAACUAUGUCAACAAAUGAUUCCCUUUUGUAAACAAUAUAUAAAUAUCCACAAUACAUUUGUACAUAAAAAAAAACAAAGAUAUGUGAAAAUAUAGCGUCUCAAUUCCGAUACCGUUACUACCCUGGUAUCGAUGAUGUCCCAUUUUUCCAAAAAGUGUGUUGAGAGUGCAUAUUUGGAGCGCAUUUGUACACAAACUUUACUUUUCGGUCCUUGGACUCUCAUCUUACACUCCAAAAUAUUACAUUUGCACUUUAAUGAACGGAUCAAUAAUAGUUAGAUUGGUUAUUGCCAAUGUAAGAGUAACUUUAUAAUCCUUUACAACUGAUUGCCUCUUUGUGUCAUGCAGACCAUUGUAUCAACAAGCUAUACUGUCAUAAAGCACUUAUUUUGUCAUUACAAUUGAUUGUCCUAAUAUGUAUUGCACGUGAUACACGGCAAGGAUGAUUUUCAACAUCCAUUUGGAGUUUUAGCCAUGCUAUACAGGCAUGCGAUUGUUUCCCUGAAAAUGACACCAUUGUACAUGCUGUAUAUACAAUUUUACAUGUACAGUACGCACAUGAUGUUACGCAGACUAUUGCAGAUUAUGUUUUUGCAGCCAGCUGGUGUUCAGACACAGCCCAGACAUCUGGUCCCGUGGCUCGCCUCAAACGUUAGCAUCCUGCAAACACAAAGAGAACGAGCGUCACUUCAAGAGGAGCACCAAAAGAUUGAAAGGUUUAUUAAUAGGACCUGUGUUGGCUCUUGACUUUGUUGUGCGUACUUGUGUGUUUCACUGCGCUCGUACUCCCCUUGCAGGGGCCAUGGGAUCUCUCACCAUCACUACUAACACACUAACUGAAUGUAAACACAGCCAGAAGGAUGUAUAUUUAUACUGUGCUGUAUGUACACACCUAUUUACUGUCUUUUUUUCAUGAUGUCAUGUGAAUGUACUGUAUUUUCAUUUCCUUUAAGUUGAAUAUGAUAAAUAAAUACUCUGAAGGUCU